AUGAAAAAGCGUAAUGGAGGCCAGAUAUAUCCAACUAAUGGAGUGGCCCAGUUUGGAGAAAAAGACUUGCCACUCACUUCUGUUCUUGAAGUUGGUGUCGUGCAAAAACCAGCAUCAGAUGUCAGCGCGGCUGAUGCCGAACCUUCCGAUCCUGACAACAGCGAGGCCGGCAAGAACCGAUCCACAGUCAUCAAGGGUUUGAAUCUGGAGGAUGCUUCAGUGAACCUUACUGCAUCCACAACUUCGGUAGCCGAGGAGUCGGCUGCAGAAUCAGAAGCUCAGGCCGCAAAUAUCGGCAAUGAGCGAAUCUUAGAUAAUAACAGUGAUGUAAGAGUAGGACCAGUUUCUCAGCCUUCAGCUGAGUCGCAGAAAGCUCUAUCAGUUGUCCCGGCUUGUGUUGCGAGUACGUUGACUACUAAUAGCGCCGUUGCCCUCGACGAUAAAGCUAAUGCGCCUGUCAACAGGGCUGAUGUAGUCAACGUUAACACUGAAUGUGUUUUAGAUUUAAUUUCUAAGCCUAACAAAGUUCCUAGUGUAAGGAGUGCAGCAUCUGGUUUAGCAAUAAGUUCUGUUUAUUCGUUGAGUGUUCAUUCUUCCAGUGAUUCUACUAAUGGUCGCACCAUGUUUACGAAAGCGUCUCGAAAGCAAUACUUUUCUUUAUCGACUGACAGUUCCAACGACUGUGAUGACGAUCAUGUCGCAUUUAACCGGCCUUCCAUGAUCACUCAAAAUUUUUCUGAAAGUGUGAGUGAUGACGGAAGUAUGCUGUCUAAUGCCACAUCAAACGAACAAGCCAAGACAAGAUGUAAAACCAAAUCAGACUCCGACUUAAAAACACACAACAGGGUAAGCGGAAACGACGUAGUACGCAGUAAAAUUUCUGCUAUUAAUUCUUCGACUGCUGAUGAAAGUGAUGCACCUGCGAAUUCGAAAGCCAAUUUGCGUUGUCCAGAAAACAAUCCUGAUAAAGAAUGUGGCGAUACCGUUCUUUUCUCGAAACCAGAUGAAUCUAUCCAGUGUUCGAAACUUAGUCUCAAUCAAACUACUGCAUCGUCGACAAGUGAGACUACUGCAGUUGAAGUAAAUCCUGAACGCGCUAUCGAAUCUGCUUCAGGUACAGAGGCCUCCACAGCAAAUAGCAAACUUAGCAAAUUUGCUGAAUUCCCUGAUAAUCCCAGCUCUGGCUCUGACGGAAAAACGUAUGAUAGUGGAAAUCACGAUAAACUCGUGUUAGUAGACGUUCCUAUGAUUUCAGAUGCUGCAUCGGAUGAUAUGUCCGAGGGAGUCAAGUCCUCAGGCCGUGUCAAAUAUAUAACCGAAAAGAAAGACAAUUUCCAAGGAACUAAAGGUAGAUCUGAUGACUCUAUACGCAAGACAGCAAACCUGCGUGGGAUCGUUCCAGUAACACGUGUGGUGAGUGCAUCUCAAUUCGCAUCAGAGGCCCGACUAACUAAAUGUAUCGUCAGACUUAAACUUCUCAAAAAAUCCCAAAUGGAAAGUGCUGUGAAUGCAAGCACUGUUGCCGCCACAGAGAAAUUUCUCAGUAGUGAUAAUUUCGGAGGUUCCUCUUGUGCCAGUAGUGCACAGAGACAUACUCUUCUUGGGCUCACUGACGUUCAGAAGCAACUUGAUGUUACACCCAAAGACAUGAAGAAGCAUGCCGAGGUUCUUGAGGAGGGGUCUGCUGAGGCUCUUGAUCAGGGGUCUACUGGAGCACUUAAGGAGGGGUCUGCUGAGGCUCUUGCGGAGGAGUCUGAUGAGGGGCCCUCUGAGGCUCUUGAUAAGGGGCCUGUUGAAUUUUCUUCUCCAGUCACCCCUGAUACGAAAGCAAAGUCGCCUCUAUCGCCCAAAUCAAUUUCAGUGAAUGAGCCUCCAGUGUCAUCGCAGAGUCUUGACAUUGGAAAAUCUGUUGCUCAGCGUGAGAAAAUAAAUAAUAAUUCUCGAAAAAGUUCAAUGUCUGCUGAUAACUUUACAUCUGAGGCCGCUGCACAACAAUCAGACCUUCCGGUGAAUAUUUUGCCUGCUACCUCAGUGAAUGACGAUCACUUAGAGCAAUCGGGCGAGAACCUUUCGAGUUCGCCUUCACUUUCUGAUGAGGUUUGCCAUGCAACUGGAGUGGCGUCGGAAAACUCUGAUGUUGAAGAAACUAAUGGAGCUGCAAAGCCUGACUCUGAAGCUAGCAGCAAAAAUGAUAUUUCGAAAACUAAGCAAGAUGCCGUUAACAACGACCAAGGACUUGGUGAAUGCAAUGAUGAUCAAGCAGAGGUUAGUGCUAAUCAACAUGUAUCCUCUGAAAUUCCUCACGCGGAUCAUGACCGCCAAUCGAUCACCAUGCCAGUCGAUCUUUCUAGUACUGAGCUGGGUCCUCAAGUAAAACAAUUAAACGUUGAACUUUGUGGUCCUAGUGAUACUGGAAAACUUCUUGAGAGCGUCACUUCAGUGAAAAGUAAAUACUCUAGUAAGAACCGUCCUCUCAAACGAACAGAAAAGGCCGAUCUCCUGGCCUCUACCCAUGUUAUGCCGGACCGACCUCAUGGUGACUCAAAGUCCACAUCGAGCGCUAGUUCUGAUGUUCCUGCUGCCUCGUUGAUUGAGAAACGUUGUACAACUGUCGAAGAGGCUUCAUCUUCAACUACUAAAAUUUCCGAAAGAAAUGACGCCGCUAGCAACUCUUUAGCUGAAAGUAAUGACCAGCUUCUUAUUCUAAAUUCUUCUAAUAAGGUCUUGGUAGUCGAAUCCUCGGCUAAUAAUAAUGUACCCGUGAACUCAUUAUUAACCGAGAAUGUUAUCGCAUCAAAGCCAGUCCCAAAAAGCAAGUGGGUCUUAGGUUCAUUCCUUACUGCGAAAAACAGCCAGUCUUCUGUCUCAAAAGCUGGCGCUAGUCCACAAGCUCCAGCUAAUGAUCAUUCUAUUGUCGCUACCCUGUCAUCCUCUAAUGAAGCGUCAGUAUCUGCCAACAUUGCAAAUACACCACGUAAAACUCUGCAGCUAAAAGAUGAAAUGUCUGUAAAGGAAAUAGAUUCACAUAAGCUACUCCCCUCCCUCAACAAGGGAACUGGACGUGGCAACACUUCGAUAGGUUCCAUCAAGGAGGACGGUCAAAUGGCAAGUGCCCCGAGUGUCUGUAAACCUACAAACGCUGUCGAAUCCAAGAUUAAGACAUCGUUAUCCGUUUUAAAUUUCCGUGAUUUCUCGAAGAGAUUUGUUGCUAAGCUGAAACAAGAAGGCAACCCUGCUGCUGAAGCUAAUGGCGCCAUUGCCCAAGAGUGCAGAAUAGCCAACAAAAAACGACGGGCUGACAUAUCUAAGAACUCUUCAUUGAAGCGCAAUUCUAGCAAGGCUGUUGUAGGGGACAAUAACUUUAUUCAGUCUAAGAAGAUGAAAUCAGCUGUUCUUCCUACCCAACCAGAGACAAUGUCUUCCUUGAUAUUACCUGAAAAUCUUCCCGAUUCAACGGAACCAAAAAAUGAUACGGAUCAAAUCCCUAACCGCACCGCAGCGAACGUGAACGAAACUUUGGAAAGACAGGGCAGUUUAUCUAUACCCUCUGGUAAGAAAAUUAAAUUGUCGUCUUCAAUGGAAAUUUUUGAGGUAAAGAAGAAUUCAUCGGGAAAAAUAAAUGGCUCGUCAUUUUCUUCUGGAACCCCAUCAAAGUUAUCCGAGUCAAAAAACGCGCAGACUUCGCCCAAUACAAAAAGAAAAUCGUUAUCUAAAACACAUGGCCAAACAACUCGGUCGCGAACUACUAGUAACCAGUCAUCUUCAGAGACAAAGACACGGUUUUCGUUGUCGUCAACUAGAGAGCAGAAUGCGACUUCGAGCGCAACAGAUGUUGAGGCUAAGAAGUCUCAACUUGUGCUGGAUUCAAAACGACAAUCAUCCUUCGUACCGAGAAAAAAUUCGUCCCCUAAAAGAGAAGGCAAAUCAUCCAAUCAGAUAAAAGGCACACUUUCGUCUCAAAAAGAAGGCAUAGCUUCACCUCAAACAGAAUCUCAGCCUUCGCCUCUAACAGAAGGCAAUCCUAUGUCCCAAAACAGAGAUGUGCCAUCGUCUCGUGAAAAAGAAAAAUUAUCUUUACAAGGAAAAAACAAAUCGUCAUCUAACACCAAGAACACGUCAUCAUCUGAGACCAAGGAUAAGUCGUCAUCUGAGACGAAGGAUAAGUCAUCUGAGACCAAGGAUAAGUCGUCAUCUGAGACCAAGGAUAAGUCGUCAUCUGAGAAGAAGGAUAAGUCGUCAUCUGAGAAGAAGGAUAAGUCGUCAUCUGAGACCAAGGAUAAGUCGUCACCUGAGACGAAGGAUAAGUCGUCAUCUGAGACCAAGGAUAAGUCGUCAUCUGAGACGAAGGAUAAGUCGUCAUCUGAGACCAAGGAUAAGUCGUCAUCUGAGACCAAGGAUAAGUCGUCAUCUGAAACCGAGGUUAAGUCGUCAUCUGAGACCAAGGAUAAGUCGUCAUCUGAGAUCAAGGAUAAGUCAUCAUCUGAGACCAAGGAUAAGUCGUCAUCUGAGAUCAAGGGCAAGUCGUCAUCUGAGACCAAGGAUAAGUCGUCAUCUGAGAUCAAGGGCAAGUCGUCAUCUGUGACUAAGGAAAAUUCGUCAUCUGAUACCAAGGACAGGCCAUCGUAUGAGACAAAGGGCAAGUCCUCUGGGACCAAGAAUAAGUCCUGUGAGACUAAGAGCAAGUCGUCUGAAAUAAAAAAUGAUUCGCCUGAAACAAAAGACAAGUCGUCUGAAACAAAAAAUAAUUCGUCUGAAACAAAAGGCAAAUCGUCUGAAAUAAAAGACAAGUCGUCUGAAACAAAAGACAAGUCGUCUGAAACAAAAGACAAGUCGUCUGAAACAAAAGACAAGUCGUCUGAAACAAGAGACAAGUCGGCUGAAACAAAAGGCAAGUCGUCUGAAACAAAAGACAAGUUGCCUGAAACCAAAGACAAGUCGUCUGAAACCAAAGACAAGUCGUACAAGGCAAAACACUCAUUUGAAAGAAACAGUAAAUCGUCUGCGGUUAGCACUUUGUCGUCGGAAACAAAAAACAUACAUUCGUCCAACUCCAAAGAUACAUCGUUGGCUUUCAAAGACCCACCACCAUACUCAAAAGAUCGAGCUUCAUACUCUAAAAGUCGAGCAUCACACUCAAGGGAUCGAUCAUCACAUUCGAACAAUCGAUCACCACACUACUCAAAAGAUCGAACAUCACACUCAAAAAAUCGAUCAUCACACUCAAAAGAUCGAUCAUCACACUCUAAAGAUCGAUCAUCACACUCUAAAGAUCGAUCUUCCCGCUCAAAAGAUCGAUCUUCACACUCGAAAAAUCGAGCGACACACUCCAAAGAUCAAACGUCGCGCUCUAAAGAUCGAUUGUCACACUCAAUUGACCGAUCGUUACAUUCUACAGACAAAUCCACUUCUAAAGACGAGUCAUCUCAUUCCAACGACAAUUCUUCUCAUUCUAAAGAUAAAUUGCCCCAUCCUAAAGACAAGUCAUAUUCUAAAGACAGAUCAACUCAUUCUAAAGAAAAAUCGACACACAUUAAAGACAAGUCGUCUCAUUCUAAAGACAUGUCAUUAGAUUCUAAAGAUUGGUCCUCGGUUUCUUCUACUAAAGACAGCUCGAUUUCUUUGGGCGAUUGCUCCGCCUUAAGGUCCAGAGGGAUUGCUUCGGAAUGCGCCAAACCCGAUUCGCGAUCAAAUUUCAAGGAAAAAACGGGCACCGAAAAGAUUGUGUUCCGCUCUAAAUCUGUAUCGUUAAGUGGACCUCAUCCUGGAGCAAGUUCAAAAAUUUCAGGUGAACCUAAUGAUUCAACGGAAAUCUCUAGUGAUAGUGAUGUUUCGGAAUUAAUGGAAGACAAAUCUGCUAAAAAAUUGGGUGGACCGUCAGUCUUGAUCGACAUGUUGGUGGACAAGUCUAUUGGGUCGCUCACUGCCUCAAAUGUGAAAUGCGACAAAGAAAACCAGAAUCUACUUGACGAAAUAAUAAAUCAUAAAAAUAAGGGUGAUGACCUGAAAAAUCUUGCUCUUGAUCAGAAUUUGACGACAGACGCUGAAAAAACACAAACCGCUGUUCCAACUCUUGAGGCCAACUCAGAAACCCAAAACCGUUCUGUGGCUCCCUCCCAUCAUGCAUUUACUUCGGAGGAUAACCAGUCAAACAAGUUGCAUUUGGAUGAAAAGGCAACUGAGAAUGAAGAGGAAGCAGUUCGAAUGAGGAAUGAAUUUGGUGCCAUGCAGGCAUUACUUGGAAGUAAUACGGAGCAAUUGAAAUUUGGCGGUCUUUCAGGAACCAAGUCGUCUGAUUUGGAAACGAAAUUGCUUCGCUCCGAAAAACAACUGCCUGGUGAAAUUAACAAUCUUUCUGAAAAGGCGCCCGGCCUCGGAAAUUCGCCUAGACUUGAAAAUUUGUCUGUCCUUGACAAGUCACAUGGCCUUAUCAAGUCGACUUACCCUGACAAUUCACAUGACUCUAACAAGUCACUUGGCCUUUACAAGUCGCCUGGUUCUGACAAGCCGUCUGGCUCGGACAAGUCUACUGUCCCUGAGAAUUCACCUUGCCCUGACAAAUCAUCCUUCUCUUACAAGUCGCCUGGUUCCGACCACAAGUCGCCUGGUUCUGACCACAAGUCGCCUGGUUCUGACCAUAAGUCGCCUGGCUCUGACCACAAGUCGCCUGGCUCUGACCACAAGUCACCUGGUUCUGACCACGAGUCGCCUGGUUCUGACCAUAAGUCGCCUGGCUCUGACCACAAGUCGCCUGGCUCUGACCACGAGCUGUCUCUUAUACACAUCUAG